AAGAUAAGAUUUAUUUAAAGUCGGCAAGACAUCGAACAAGUACAACAUAAGCUCAUGUGAGCUUUUGAACCGACUACAGAUUAACAUAUGGUAUAUAUUAAAACAAUUGUAUAAAAGCUGCAAUGAUAAUAUGGAUUUUAGUGUUAACGAGUUAAAUAGCAUUUAGCACAAUAUACCACUAAAAAUAUCUAAACAAUAUAAAACUAUGACAUAUGCCUAUCUAUGAUGUCACUUAAAAGGAAGAAAAUAAAUCACAGAUAAAUAAAUUUAAUAAAAGACUCUUGUAUAGAAAUAUUACCAUAAGUAAAACUGGUUUUAUGUCUAACAUUAAGAUCCAUGAUAAAGGUCAGUAAAAGAUUGGCAGAUAUCAUAGCUUACAAUAUAAAAGUACAAAGCUUGCAACAAACAAGUACAAGAGCAAACAAAAUACAUAAGCAAGCGUGAUGAAAGCAAAAACACAUAGAAAGACCACUGACUGCAAAUGAAAAACAUCUAAACAAACACAGUCACAUGUACAACACAAUUAUAGCUAGGAAAACAUAAUAAAAUGAGUAGUUGGCAAAGCAGAAUUACAGUACUCUAUAGUUAAAUUGUAUCAUACAAAGAAAAGUAAAAAAAACAACAACAUAACUGUAUGAAAAUAAUUCUGACUCUACUAAGCUUAAUAGCAACAGGCUUGUAAUCUAAGUACAUAGGUGGGGAAAAGCAACAUGCAAGACAGCAAAAUUAAAGAACAGCAAACAAAAAAGCUAAAAAUAUAUACACUGCUGAACUCCAAGUAGGCCCCACCAAUGCUGUAGGAGCUCACCAAUCUGGUUUACAAGCAAUACACUUGCAGUCCCUGCCACUCCAUGUGGAUAUGAGGCUUCUGAAUUGAUGUUCAUUGAAUGAAAUGUUUUCAAAAAAUACAGAAAUUUGUUGGAAAGUUUACAAUAUUUUCGUGAUAGACAUCUAUCUCGUGGCAGAAAUAUGCCACAAACUACUGAAAAUAGUGCCAUUAAUAAAAGUCCAUUUCGUGAGAUUGUAUCCAUUUCGUAUUUUAGUCUGGUAGCUUUUAUCACGAUUACAUAUAAUCACGCACGCCGGGGUAAAUCGCGGGAAGUGGGUGGGCAUUCAAAUAAUAAAUAUUUCUAAGGGUCUAUUCUUAUUUUUUAAUUUCAUUAAAAUGAAGGGCCCGCCUACAGAAGAGGAUCUCCGAAAACUUGGCAAUUCGCAAGCGCUUGAGAAAAUAUCCAAUUUGAAUUUAUCAAGACGAAAUCUAGGUAGCAUUGAUAGUGAGAUCUUCAACAAAUUACAGAACAUUAAGAGUCUCGAUUUGUCACAGAACUGUCUGACAGGCGUACCAGAUGAUCUUUGGCUUCCAUCACUGCAGACGUUGGACCUCUCUGAUAACCAGCUGCAGUCCGUUGAUUUUGUACAACAUUUUGGCAGUUUGCAACAGCUGUAUUUGGAGGAUAAUGAUGCAAUUACUAUAGAUGAUUAUUACAUAGCAAAGGUGUUGUGCCCAUCACUGAGGAGUAUAGAUGGGGCAGAGGAUAUCAAACAUAUUGAAAAAGGAAUUUCUUUGUACACAGAUCAUCUUGAACCCCAGAUUGAGGCAGUUUGGGAGGCCAGGUUCUCGGAGGUGUACAGUAGCGGAGUAAACAAGGAAGAAAUGGAGAGUUUACAUGAGGAGUUUGUCAAUACAAUAAAUCAGGGGAACGUUGUCGGCAGCAAUCUUACAAUGUCCAAGUUCAGGACUUUUAUGAUAAAUCAUCUUUGUUGGAAAUUGAUUUCGGAUGUAAAUCGAGGAAAGAAAAAAUCUAAGAGAAGAAGCAUAAAGUCGUCUGAUGGAGUUGAUACGCAGUCGCAGUAUGGGACCAGAAUUUCUAAAGGAGUAACGCCAGUGAAACAUUACAGUACGGGAGUGCCCAUUACAGACUCACAAAACCAGGGUAACAACAAGAAGAGGAAAAGAGAAGAUAGUGUAGAGAGAUCCCCAGUAAAAUUACAGUCUGCAAAACGUAAAAGAGAGAGUUCCCCAGCCUCGACCCCAGUUAAAACUACCAGUGCCAAACGAAAAAGGGAGGAUACUCCAGAUUCCAAAGUAAAGUCAACGUCUGACAAAUGGAAAAGGGAGAGUACUGCAGAUAACUCAGAGUCGAAAUCACCAGCAGCCAAAAGAAGAAAGGAUGAUUCAAAAACUCCAGAUUUUACAAAAAUGCGCAAAAGUGAGGGAGUUUCACAAUUGUUGCACAAAUUACCAGAAUACGAGCCAUCAAUGUUUCUACGCUGUCAUUCCAUGGGGAACAACCCAUCUGAUAGUACAACUAAGGUGUGGAACUGUGCCUUUGAACCUUUAUUAGGAAGUACAGGAGAGACUAGUAACAUCCUGGCAACUUGUGGAGGAAAAAAUGUCUGCUUUAUUGAUUGUCAGACUGGGAAAGUUAUGAAGAGAUAUAAGGAUGCCAGUAAAUCUGAGUCGUUUUAUGCCCUGGCAUGGACCACACUGGAAGCUGAUGGUAAACAUUUGAACGAAGAUGUGAAUAUAUUAGCUGUAGCAGGUCAAAAUGAAGUUAUAAAGUUGAUACAUCCAACACAGUUAGUGAUGUUUGGUACCCUACAAGGACACAAGGGCUACGUAUCAUCUCUGAUAUUUCAUCCUGACAGACCUCACAUUCUCUUUAGUGGAUCUAAAGAUGGAAGGAUUAUUAUGUGGGAGAUAGGAAUGCCAGAUUUUAAAGAUUUUUCCAUCAAAUGGAAACAAAGAGCAGUCUUGACUCUGCCAAAAACUGAUACUAUAUGUUUAGCAGUUAACUCUGAGCUUGAAGUGUUAGUUGCGGGGUGUGAAGAUUCGUGUUACGGAUGGAAGCUGGAGAAACUUUAUAAAGCUGGGAAAAGUCUCAAUGUGGUCCCAGAUUUUGAGUUUGUACACCCAAGAGUAGAUGAUGAGGAUGAACCAGUAGUUGUUGAUGGUUUAGCAAUGCUGUCCAAUAAUUGUAUAGUCAGUAAAUGUGUAGACCAGACCAGACUAUAUCUUUGGGACCUGGAGCCCCACACAGAGGGUGGAUUUAAGGGGCCAAAACCUUACAGAAUUCUUGUCUCACCCUUGGCAGAGCUCCAGUAUAUAUCUACAGCUAUAGAUUACCUCUACCUCAACUCUUGUAAAGAUAUCCUGAGUGUAGGAGAUGACAAUGGGAACAUUUACAUGUAUAAUUUGAAGUCAGUUGUCCGCAAAAAGAAAGCAAGUGACGAGCUCUUACAGCCUUCUCGCAUCCUGGAGUACCCUGAUCUAAAUAUUGACACAAAUUUUGAAGAAAGUAUGAAAGAUGUUUCUGAGAAAAAGGAUGUGGUCAUUAACUGUUUAGGACAAAGUUCAGAUGGAGAGUAUAUGGUUUGCGGAACAGACAACAAUCUGAUAUGUAUAUGGAGAGCAAGUACCUGAUCAAUGAACUUCGGUCAUGGAACACAGUCUGUAGAAUAUGGAUGUGUGUUGGUGCUAGCAAUGUUGAUAUGGCAUUGAUGUUCUGCCGACAAUAAUCAAUAAACUUGCCAGUAAUGUUUAAUUGAUAUUCUAGGUUUAGAAUUAUUUUAGAGAACAGACUACAGUAAAUUCAAGCAUAGUAAUGUUUGUGUUUGUUGGGAUUUGGGGACAAUAAGUUGUACCCUUACUGUAUUGUACAGUAAGGUAUUGUGAGUAAUAAUUUUUUAUUUGCGGGAUAUAAGAUAUCAUAUAAUUCAAGGUAAACAUCUUUGCUGAAAACUAUGUGGAAACCCUAUAACUUGUAUUUUGAUAUUAUUAUGAAGUAUCAGGGGUCUAGCUAGGUCUAUUUUAUUGGGAGAAGUCACUUCUCCCUCAAGCUAAUUUAGGGAGAAAUGGGGAGACUUGAGGCAGAAGUUGGAAGAUGUUUUUCUACUACAAUGCUGUUGAGUGAUUUGAAAGGUGGCUAUAAUUUUCUUGUUUCUAGAUAAAAAGCAUUGAUGUGACCAUUCAUUUUCUUAGUUACAUGAUUUCCCAUACAGUGGCUAUUAUUUCAUUACAAAAUUCUGAAAAAAGUCGUUUUCAAAAAUUCAAGCCGAUGCUGUAAAUCUAACCCGCCAAUUUUUGGUUAUAACUAUUUUGUAUGAAUGUGUUUAUUAUUUUAACACCGAGUCACCACAUCGAUGAACAGUUUCUCAGUCAAAUAAAACUGAAAGUAAACUGUGUAAACUAGAAAUACAUAGAUCAAUUCAUCAAAUCUCUCAAGUACCUGAAAUAGGCGGAACUUAAAUUAUGCUAUCUGCGUGUGUUAUUCAACACUCAUUUUGACACCGUGCAAAUUGUCAACAGCCGGGUAGCGUUAAUUAGCGAGUGGGGAUAUCAAAGAGAAUCAGGUGACUUGCAUUUCGCUUUGAGGUUAGAUUUGAGCAAAGUUUUAAGUUCCAAAGCGCCUGUUUCGCUAAAGUCGCCCACUCGCAAAGCCCUGAAGUAUGUUAUAUUCUCUUUGAUAUAUAUGAAGUUUUAUUAUGCCCCUGCCAUAAAAUGGGCGGUGGGUGGGGCAUAUAGUAUUACCCCUGUCCGUGUGUGUUUGUCCGUCCGUGUGUUCGGGAAAGGGUGAUGUUCGUGUCCGGUCCAUAACUUUGACAUGCAUGGUCCGAUUUCAAAAUAAUUUGACACAAAUAAUAAGCAUGGAUAGAUGAUAUGUCAUGCGCACAAACCAGGACCCUAGCUCAAAGGUCAAUGUCACAGUCCUUGGUUGAACUUGGCCAAUUUUCACUACAUAUAUACUGAUAAUGUGGUCUUGUGUCCGUUCCAUAACUUUGACGUGCUUGGUCCGAUUUCAAAAUAAUUUGACACAAAUAAUAAGCAUAAAUAGACGAUGUGCCAUGCGCAAAAACCAGAUCCAUAGGUCUAAGGUCAAGGUUACACUUAGAGACCAAAGGUCACAUACAAGAAUGACUGUCUUUCUGAGCAUUUCUUUUUCAUGCAUAGAGGGAUUUUGAUGUAAGUUGCCUCAGUUGUAUACCCUCAUGAGGUAGAAUGUCAUGCGCAAGAACCAGGUCCCUAGUUUAGAAUUACUUGUCUUUGUUGUUACUAUGAUAAGCUUAUAUUGUAACUUCCUUACUACUGGUCGUAGGGAAAAAACAAGACCACUUUUCUGUAGUACAACAUGCAUGUUACAUCCAAUUUUGAGAAGUAUUAUAAUCUAUCU